GGGGUUUAGGCCGAAAGAGGCGCAGGAGCAGCGCCUGUUAGUGUCGUCUUCACCGUCACGGGCAGGCGCUUCUUCCUGGAUUCAUUCAUUCGUUUUUUUCAUUCACGAAGGUAGUAAGGCCUAGUUGAAAGCCAUGGAGAGCGCUCUUCCUGCCGCUGGCUUCCUGUACUGGGUGGGCGCAGGCACCGUGGCCUACCUGGCCCUGCGCAUCUCGUGCUCGCUUUUCACGGCCCUUCGGGUCUGGGGUUUGAGUCACGAGGUAGGGGUCGGACCCGGGCUCGGAGAAUGGGCAGUUGUCACAGGUAGUACUGAUGGAAUUGGGAAGUCAUAUGCAGAAGAGUUAGCAAAACAUGGAAUGAAGAUUGUCCUUAUCAGCAGAUCACAAGAUAAACUGAACCAAGUUUCUAGUGAAAUAAGAGAAAAAUUCAAGGUGGAAACAAUGACCAUUGCUGUUGACUUUGCAUCAGAAGAUAUUUAUGAUAAAAUUAAAACAAGCUUGGCAGGCCUGAAAAUUGGUGUUUUAGUGAACAAUGUGGGAGUGUCAUAUGAGUAUCCCGAAUACUUUCUGGACAUUCCUGACUUGGACAAUACCAUCAAGAAACUGAUAAAUGUAAAUGUUCUUUCUGUUUGUAAGAUGACACGAUUGGUGCUGCCUGGCAUGGUGGAAAGAUCGAAAGGGGCCAUUCUGAACAUCUCCUCUGCCAGCGGCCUAGUCCCUGUUCCACUUUUGGCCAUGUACUCUGCGACCAAGGCUUUUGUGGAUUUCUUCUCUCAGUGCCUCCAUGAGGAGUACAGGAGCAAGGGCAUCUUUGUGCAGAGUGUCCUGCCAUUCUUCAUAGCUACAAAGCUGUCUAAAAUCCGAAAGCCCACUCUGGAUACGCCCUCUGCAGAGACCUUCGUGAAGUCUGCGAUUAAAACGGUGGGCUUGCAGUCCCGAACCACUGGAUACCUGAUCCAUUCUCUUAUGGGCUCGAUAAUUUCAGUCAUGCCUACCUGGCUGUAUUUUAAAAUAACCACGAAUAUGGGCAAAUCCACGCGGGCUCGCUAUCUGAAGAAAGCCAAGAAGAAUUAAGCAUCGAUAACUGCACUGAGUAGCUUGGCUGGGUGCACCAACCUACACAGGAUUAUGGCAAGACACCCCCCUCUCCAAAAUCUGCGGUUGUCAUUUAUCAAUUACUAAUAAGGCUAAAUGUUGUCAUAAUUGGGAGGAGAGCAGAAGUUGCUUUCAGGAAUUCCAGACAUAUAUUCUGGAUCCUACCAGGAGUUAUUUUGAAGUUUAAUAUAAAUGCUCAUAUAAAAUGGACAUAGAACUAAUACUAGCUAGAACAGUGUAAUGGGAAGGAACAUGAUUGUAGCAAAUCACAGAACGACAGAGACAGACGUAAUGCUUCAGUGGUUUCGUCUGGCCAAAAUGCCAACGAUGAUGAUCUUUGUAUUUUCUCUGAAAUAUACUUUAAAAAGUAAUGGCCAGCUCCCCCCACCCCCCAUUUUUUUUUAACACUUUUGGGGGAGUGGAGCUGAAUUGAUUCACUUAUGGGAGGACAUAUUGCAAUAUACAUCACUAGAAGGUUUUCUAAAAGUAUGUCCCGGCUUGUACAUUUAUAUGGAACUUUUUAUGCUCAAAGGUAGCUGAUCACAUAAAAAUAAGACAUGAAAUAUGGAGUUCUUUUUGACACAUGAAGCCUGCUAAAAUAUGCUUUCCUCUGAUACAUAUUUCUUUUCAGUUUAAAUGCAUGUAAAUACUGAAGGCUAUAUGGUAUGAUUUAUAAAGGUAAAUGGACCAGAAAGUACACUGAGGUGGGCAGCCGCUUAUGGUGUCACUAAAACCGUUAUCCAGGAAAGUGGCUUGCUUAGUCCCCAGCCUCUUCUGUUUCUGCACUGCACCAAUACUGCUCACAUAUGUGACCACACGCUAUUCCCACCACAGUAAUGAUAACAGAGAAGUGGCCUUGUAGUUUUAAACUGAUACCCUAUUGAUAGCAAUAUGACUAGUUUUAAUAAAAGGUGAUAGAACCAUGGUGUUGAUUGAAAAAAUGUAUUUCUUUCGUACUCGAAAUUAAGGCUGUUUUUACACUGGCUUAAUAUAAAUUGAGACUUACUUUUAUCCUGCUCCAUAACUUGUUUGAAGGAAAUCAUCAAGAAAUAAUUCAAUAUUGUGAAACAUGCAAUACAGAAGAUAGGUCUUUACCAAGGCUGUGGUUCUUAGGCUCUGAGUUUUAAGCACUAGGAGAUUUGUCC